CAGACGGUGUAGUUCAUAACAUAAAUAACGGGAAUAAAUUAAGUGUUUUACGGACCUAAUAAGACAUAUACACACAUACAUACAUAUGUAUGUACAUGUGUAUAUUUGCAGAACAGAAAUUAUCCGUGCGGUGAAAAUAUAUGUAAAUACUUGUGAAGAGAAUUAUUUGUACUGCAAGUAAUUAGUUGUAAUAUUAAUGUGAGUGAGAGUGCGCCUAAAAUUCCGGCGGCGCGGAUAAAUAUCCAGAUUCUUGCAAAUAGAGCGCGAAUAAGUUUAUUUUGAAUUGAUCCUCAACAUUUUCAAUUCCAUAAACUGAUGAAAUGACGACCCGUUUUUGCAAACUGCUCAUUUUAGCCGCUAUACUCUAUCAAACGUCUCUAGCUGAUAUACCCAACUGCGUAUUCGAAGACACUGUCGUCUUAACCGCUAGUACCAAAUUUGCCAAUGGAUCGUACCUCUAUGAAGGGCUGUUGGUGCCGCCACAUCUAACAGCCGAAUAUGACUAUAUUGAGCUCUUCGAAGGUGAGCGUAAGCCUGUGGAGCGGCAUGUACGCGGUUGUGUGUGUAAGAUCAAGCAAUGUGUGAAGUUUUGCUGUCACCCAAGAGCGGAUAUGUAUCGGACAAGCGCGACUGCCACGCCUCAAUGUGAAGAAAAACUUAAUGAAGUGCUCAAAUACUCGCCACUUUUGAAUGUAACAUUGCGAAACAGCAGUCGGGUCGUGAUGCAUCUGCUGGAUGAGUUUGUAGUGCAGCAGGGGAUACCAUGCGAAGGUGGCUAUAUGCUGAUGCCACAUGUAUACGAAGACGAUCAGUGGGAGUUAUUUGAGAAUGGCACAUUGUUGCGCGUCGGAGAUGCGAAAUAUUUAUCGAGGCGAGAUUAUUGCUUGCAGGCCUAUAAUACGAGUGAAGAAUUUGUGUUGAAUCCGAUGAAUUGUCCGGUUGUUUAUAAAGAGCCAGCAACGCUCGUGUUCAAUACGAUAAUCAUGCUGAUUUCGGCACCAUUUCUUUACGUUACCAUCCUGAUCUAUUUUCUCAUACCGGAAUUGUGGAACUUACAUACGAAAUGCUUGAUUUGUUAUCUACUUUCGUUAGCUAUUGGAACGACGCUCAUUGUUGUGGUCAAUAUGCAGCAUUCAAAUUUAGAAACUUUUACUUGCGCUAUAAUCGGUUUCGUGACAUACUUCUUCCUAACUGCCGUUUUCUUCUGGCUAAAUGUGAUCUGCUUCGAUCUUUGGCAAAACUUCCGUAUGACCCAAAGUGCAGUGCGAAACUUAACACAGCGUAAACGGUUUCUUUACUACUCACUCUAUGCUUGGGGCAUGCCAGCGCUGAUGACAAUAAUAACAGCCAGUUUGCAAAGUUCAAAUUUACCACAAGGACUCAAGUCGGGCAUUGGAGAUACGCACUGUUGGUUGAAAAUUGAAGACUGGUCAGCGAUGAUCUAUUUCCAUGGACCCUGCCUACUGCUGAUUAUCUUCAAUAUCGUCAUAUUUUUCCUUACGGCCAAUAAAAUCUAUGAAAUACGUAAGGAGCUGCAACAUUUUUCACGCGGCGACUGCAGCCAAAGGCAUUUGCGUUCGCAGCAAAAUAAUAAAAAUUUGCUGAAAUCUUUCAGUGUAUGGCUCUUCUUUCGCAUGUUCAUUGUAAUGGGUAUUGGCUGGCUGCUGGAGAUUAUCAGUUAUAUGGUUGGCAAUAACAGUAAAUAUGCUCUGCUCUUUAUGUUCACCGAUGCCUACAAUGCGUCACAGGGGCUGAUCAUAUUCAUAUUGCUGGUUGUGAAAAAGAAGGUGCUAUUGCUGAUAAAGAAAAGCUUUCAACUAGAAGAUUUACGAAGUCCAGCACGUCCGCCAUGGAGUUAUCCAAUGCUGAAAGUCGAUGGAAACUUCGGAACUGAAAAUCAAACCAAUCAUGAGGAGUCGAGAGGGUAUUGCGCUUUCGAGGACACAGUUAAUAUAACGGGGAAUCAGAUUUUACCCACAGGUUUCUACAACUAUGAAGGUUUAGCGGUGCCGCCUCAUUUGACUGGGUUUUACGAGCACAUAGAGCUCUUCGGUGGUAAACGUGAGGUCGUGGCGAAGCAUUUACGCGGUUGCGUGUGUCAACUCAAGCGUUGUGUGAAAUUCUGCUGUCAUCCCAGAGCCGAUAUGUAUCGGUCGACGGAAACUUUGCGUGUGGAAUGUGAUGAUCAAUUGAAUGAAGAGCUUACAUAUUCGCCAUAUUUGAAUAUAACGUUGAAUAACGGUAAACGCAUUUCAAUGCAUGUGGUGGAUGAGUUUGUGGUACAACAGGGGCUACCGUGUGACCUGGGAUAUAUGCUAAUGCCACAUCUACGCAAAGAACAUCAGUGGGAACUGUUUGAGAAUGGCUCGCUACUACGCUUUGGGGACCAACUGCUCAUUUCUAGACGAGAUUAUUGCCUGACUGCAUAUCCUGUGGGCAAUCAUUUUGCACUAAAUCCAAUGAAUUGUGAUGCUGGACAGAAAAAUUCUGCAAGCAUAAUGCUGAAUACUAUAACUAUUGGCAACACUAUGAUUAUAGCCAUUAAUUUGAGAAAAACGGAUUACGAUAAAGCCAUCUGUGCUGCUAUGGGAUUUAUCACCUAUUAUUUCCUCUCGGCAGUCUUCUUCUGGCUUAAUGUUAUCUGUUUCGAUAUGUAUCAGAAUUUUCACGGCACCAAAGGGAGCAUUCAGCAUCUGUCUCAACGAAAACAGAUUAUCUACUACUCAGCCUACGCUUGGGGUAUGCCGGCUGUGAUGACCGCUAUAACGGUUACUUUACAGUACUCCGACUUAACAGAUGAGUUGAAGUCGGGCAUUGGCGUUACACACUGUUGGUUGAAGAGUAACGAUUGGUCGGCAAUGAUGUAUUUCCAUGGACCUUGUCUCUUACUCAUUGCCAUCAAUAUUGUUAUCUUUUCUGUGACUGUAAAGAAGAUCUAUUCCAUACGCAAGGAAAUAGACGUGUUAACUCAGAAUGAAGAUGGAAUGAGUCGCUUGCGUUUACAACAAAACAACGCUUGGCUCUUCUUUCGCUUAUUCAUUAUAAUGGGUAUUAGUUGGCUGUUAGAGAUAAUCGCUUAUAUGGUCGAUAACAAGAGUGAUUAUGCUAUUAUAUUCAAAAUAACGAAUAUCUAUAACGGUUUUCAAGGAUUAAUCAUAUUUGUGUUAUUGGUUAUGAAGAAGAGGGUGCUCCUGCUCAUAAAGAAUGUUUUAUCGAAUAUACCGAAUUGUGCCUUUGAAGAUACUGUUAACAUAACUGCUAGUCAAAAAUUCCCGAAUGGUACCUACUCCUACGGAGGUUUGUUAGUACCGCCGCAUUUGAUUGGCUACUAUGAAUGCAUAGAACUGUUCGGUGGUGAGCGCAAGCCCGUGGAGCAGCAUUUACGCGGCUGUGUAUGCCAACUCAAGCGAUGUAUCAAAUUCUGUUGUGAUCCACGCGCCAAGAUGCGUCGUUUAGACGAAACCUCUCCAGCAAAAUGUGAACCGACACUCAUAGAGGGUAUUAACUAUUCACCAUAUUUAAAUAUAACGCUGCACAACGGUACUCAAUGCGCAAUGAAUUGGCUGACUGAAUUUGUGGUGCAAAGAGGGUUACCGUGCGAAAGUGGAGGAAUGCUAGUUCCACAUCUAAGUGAUCUGGACCGAUGGGAAUUGUUUGAGAAUGGCUCACUGUUGAUCGCUGAUCGCCCAUUAAUUUCUCGACGAGAUUAUUGCCUGUAUGCGUAUCCAGUAAAUGGUAUAAAUGUACUGAAUCCAAUGGAUUGUUUUCCUGAUACUGAAGAGAAACCACUAACAAUAAUAGCCAACACGAUAAACACCGUUGACUUAACCGAUAGCGAAAGAUUUAGCAACGGUUCUUACCUCUAUGAAGGUGUACUGGUGCCACCGCAUUUGGUCGGCUCCUACGACUACAUUGAACUGCACGACGGAGAACAUCAAAAAGUGCCGAGACAUCUGCGUGGUUGUGCGUGCCAAAUUAAAAAUUGCUUAAAGCUCUGCUGCAAGCGUGGGAAGACGUUGCAGAGGAAUAGUGCUAAGGAUCCAUGGAAAUGUGCGGAAUCGUCUGAAGAAUACGGAUAUACGCCUUAUGUAAAUAUUACCUCGUCUAAUGGUAGUGUGGUUUUAAAGAAUGCGUUGAAAGACUUUUUGGUGCAGUCGGGAUUACCAUGUGAUAAUGGGUAUAUGCUUAACCCGUAUAAGGAUUCACGCGACGAAUGGACCUUAUAUGAGAAUGGUAUUUUGUUGCGCGAAUACGAUAAUAAGAAGUUAACACGAGGAGAAUAUUGCAUGUCUGGCCUUGAAAUAGAUGGUGUAUCCCAGUUACAACCAUAUAACUGUCCCGUACCGUACUUGGAAUCGUCGGAGACUCAAGCUGUGGUUGCACAACGACGGUAUUCGCCCAAAUUGAAGACGCGUCGAAAUGCCUAUCCAAUUCAAGUAACGCGCCAGUUUUUCGAGAUAAAAGUUUUACCACGAGCUGGUAAACCGACCAUGGCAAUGACAUGCGGCGUAGUAACGUCGGUAAUGGCGCGUUCACCUCGCACCGGAAAUGGCUUAGUUAGUAAGGAUGCUGAGGUGGUUGAUGAGCAAGGUGAUGUGGAGGCGGAUGAUGAAUAUGAAUCGAUAAUAGAUGGAGGCGGCGUGGGCGGCGGUGUUGGUGAUGCAACCAAAAAUGAUGAAAAUGUUGUCAAUGUAUCUGCUGUCAAUGAUAACGCAGUGGGGGACUGCGAUGGUGCCGUCGCAGUCUUCGUCGUUGUUGACGAAUUGUUGGUGUUUAAUGAAUCCAGUUCGUUUAAUGAUGAUGAUAUAACUGGCGUUGAUAAUGACAAUGAAGAUGGUGAUGGAGAUGAUGAUGAUGAUGAUGAUGAUAUUGAUGAUUCUGAUGAUAUUGAUGAUUCUGAUGAUACGAUUACAUUGAUACGUUCAAUAGAUUGCCCUACAAACAGAAAUUCUGCAAUGGGUCCCAACUUUAAUGUCCACAUAUGCCUUGCUUUAUGCUUUGUGAUUUAUUUAAUGGACUCACUCGAUGCUUCAUCGAUUAUUCCGAAUUGCGCUUUUGAAGACACCGUUGACUUAACCGAUAGCGAAAGAUUAAGCAACGGUUCUUACCUCUAUGAAGGUGUACUGGUGCCACCGCAUUUGGUCGGCUCCUACGACUACAUUGAACUGCACGACGGAGAACAUCAAAAAGUGCCGAGACAUCCACGUGGUUGUGCAAUAUAUACGCCUUAUGUAAAUAUUACCUCGUCUAAUGGUAGUGUGGUUUUAAAGAAUGCGUUGAAAGACUUUUUGGUGCAGUCGGGAUUACCAUGUCAAGGGUUUGUGCUAAACUCGUAUAAGGAUUCACGCGACAAUUGGACCUUAUACGAGAAUGGUAUUUUGUGGCGUGAAAUCGAUAAAAAGAAGUUAACCCGAAGAGAAUAUUGCAUGUAUGCCCUGAAUAUAGAUGGUGUAUCUCAGUUACAGCCAUAUAACUGUCCCAUACAGAUCGAGGGAACGUCGGAGAUUAAAGUAAACACUACAGUGAUGUUUGUUUCCUUGCCAUUUUUAUUGCUAACCAUACUGAUCUAUUGCGCCAUACCGGAGCUAUAUAAAAAUCUAUACAGCAAAUGCUUGAUUUGCUAUCUAUUGGCGCUGGCAAUUGCGAGUACGAUGAUUAUUGUGGUCAAUUUGGGAACGAAGUAUUACAGUACCCCUGCAUGUACUGUAAUUGGUGCAGUCGCUUAUUACUUUUACCUGGGCGCUUUCUUCUGGCUCAAUACCAUUUGUUACGAUAUUUGGGCCACAUUUUCUGGACGCCUCACCGUUGCGUCACAGCAAGCGACACGUACACAUUUUCGCAACUACUCACUCUACGCUUGGGGAGUGCCAUUGUUGAUGACUAUUGUGACCAUGACAUUACAGUAUUCCAAGAUAGAUAAAAGUUACAAAUCUGGUAUCGGUGAUACCCAUUGUUGGCUGAAAACCAAUGAUUGGUCAGCUAUGAUGUACUUUCAUGGACCCUGUUUAUUGCUCAUCGCCGUUAAUACAGUGAUGUUUUGUUUAACUGUAUACAAGAUCUAUAGCGAUAGCCAAGAAAUUAAGGGCGUCUCACGGAGCAUGAACUGCACAACGCACAGGAAAGCACAUGAGCAUAGUGCUUGGCUAUUCUUGCGUUUGUUUAUUGCAAUGGGUGUCAGUUGGAUUUUGGAAAUGUUGGGUUAUAUAAUAGGACCAAAUCCGUUUUUCCAGGUGGCCGAUUUCUUCAACGCAUCCCAAGGCUUGCUUAUAUUCACGCUCUUUAUUUUGAAGAAAUCCACACUGGUGCUAAUUAAAAAAAGGUAA